AUGAAUUCGCAGUUUAGAGAAAAGAAUUACCCUGUAAAAAUACUUGAAGAAGCAUUGGGAAAGUUUCGCCGUAUUAGACGCAACUGCACUGAAAACCAAACUUUUGAGGAGGAAGCUAUAAAAAUGAAUUCGCAGUUUAGAGAAAAGAAUUACCCUGUAAAAAUACUUGAAGAAGCAUUGGGAAAGACAGGAAAUUUGGUCAGCCAAACAUGGAAAGCACCCUGCAAAAGAGCUUACCAUCUAAAGAGAGGUGAAGAAAGUGAUACAGGAAAUAAGGAUAGCUAUGCUGCGACACCUUGGGGACAGGCCCUCACACAGAGGCAUACUGCCCCCAUCUCACAGACCGCACUACUUCCGCGGCCUCUUCUCUCCUCCCCGUCCGGUCACGUGACCUCCUGCAGCUUCCAUCCUCCAGCAUGGCCGCUGUGUGCCUUAGACCGGGGCUGGCCGUGCUGCGGGCGGCGGCUCCCUGGAAGCCAGCAGCGGUGGCUCGCGGCUUGUGGAGAGGCGUCUCGACUAAUACAUACCAGUUCCACAGUACAGAGGAAAAAUGUUGCAGCCUCGGGACCUGAAAAGUACACAGAGGCUUUUAUUAAAAAACAGAUUGAAGAGUUCAACAUUGGAAAGAGACAUUUAGCCAACAUGAUGGGAGAGGAUCCAGAGACAUUUACCCAAGAGGAUAUUGAUAAAGCCAUUGCCUAUCUCUUUCCCUCUGGAUUGUUUGAGAAGAGAGCCCGGCCACUUAUGAAGCACCCUGAUGAGAUUUUUCCAAAGCAGCUGGCAAUUCAGUGGGGAGAAGACAAGCGUCCAUUCCACUUUCUAUACUACACUGGCAAGCAGGCGUUUUACUCAUUACUGCACGAUGCACAUGCAAAGUUUCUCUCAAUUCGAGCACAUGGAGAAGAAGUCAAGAGGAAAGGCUUAAGUGCGGAAAAUGAGAAACCAGUGAUAGACCUCGCUGGCAGAAGAUGGUUGAUUAAGGAAGAAUUAGAGAGCCUGCUAGUAGAAAAAUUGACUGACCAAGACUACCUGUAUUUUCUCCAAACGAUGGAACGCUUGGUGAGCCUGCCACACAGCAGCAUUGAGGAAGACUAUGCACACAGAUACUGCAAGAAUCUGGAAAUCCAGUCCAAAAAGCAGACAAUAAGUCCCCUGCAGUAUGAUGAACAUGGAGUAGCAUUCAGCACAGGGGAAGGCAACAGGAAAACUGCAGUGGCAACAGCUAUAGUACGGGACCAAGGAAAAGGAAAAAUCACCAUCAAUGGACAGGAGUAUUUGGAUUAUUUUACAGUACUUCAAGAUAGGGAGCAACUCAUGUUCCCGUUUCAGUUUUUAGACCGAUUGAUGAAGCAUGAUACAGAAUGUACAGUGACGGGUAGUGGAAGAUCGGCACAAGUCGGAGCCAUCCGUUUAGCCAUAUCAAGGGCCCUGCUCAGUUUUGUCUGUGAAAAAGAAAUGGAGGCCAUGAGACAAGCUGGAUUACUCACUGUAGAUCCACGCAACAGGGAAAGAAAAAAACCAGGACAGGAGGGUGCCCGCAGAAAAUUCACAUGGAAGAAACGCUAACCAGCUGCACAGAUGUUGGAAGUAAUAGCUGCAGCAGUUCAAGAAGCCUGGCUGUAUUAUAGCUUGUUUUUUUUCUAAUAAAAUAGUAAUAUAUAA